CUCUCCACAAUUUUUGUCAGCUUUGCUCUCAAUUUUGCCCUCUUUUCUCCAGGUAUCAGCCAUUGGCCCGAUUGGCCCUGAAACUCAGUCUGCUUAGCUAGCUGGCUUGGCAGUCCUGGCUAGCUAAGCCGUUCCCGGCCAGGCCUCGAUCAUCGGCGGUGGACAUCGUUACCAUGAGCUGCUUGAGAUUCCCAGGUUGGACCUCGGGGGGUGCCUCCCACCCGUCCCUGGAUUGGGGCCUCCUGCAAACGUUGUUGGUUCAGAACGAUUACCACUUGUAUCAAAAUGGUCGACCCAUACCUUUGGAGGCGGACUUUGAUCCCGUUCUACCCGUGGACGUGGUGUUCUCGGUACGAGGUGGCAAAGGCGGCUUCGGAUCCAUGUUGAGAGCCUUGGGCGCCCAAAUCGAGAAGACCACCAAUCGGGAUGCCUGUCGAGAUCUGUCGGGUCGGCGAUUGCGCGAUAUCAACGAAGAGGAGCAACUUAAGCGCUACGUCGCCGCUCAAUCCCAACGCGAGCAAGAAGCCGCCGAGAAGAAGCAAGCGCGCUUGGCCAAACUUGAGCGACUCGUCAAAAACGAGAACAAGCACGUGUUCCAUGAUCCCAAGUACGAUCAGGCUAGGAGCGAAGCCACCGAGCGGGUCCAUGAGGCUAUGGAGGCGGCGCCCAAGCUCAAAAAGCCCGAUGAAGCCAGUCUACCCUCCACCAGCGGAAAAAAGCGCAAAAGUUCCGAUCCCACCCCCGUGGCCCCGGCCAAAAAGGGCUUGUGGAUGGGCGUGGAUCUGGGCGAUUCCGAUCUCGAAUCGAGCGAAGAUGAUGAUGACGACGAGGCCCCAGAGAAGGACAAGAAGCAGGCGAUUGCCGUCAAGAAUUAGAGAAAAAUACCGCCAAUAAAUGUUCCGCUGAAUCUGUGUCAAUCAUGGUACUUAAGAAUGGUUUAUUGUGGGCCAACUUUGGGGGAAAAACGGGAGUAAUAACUAAAACCCUGUUCAAAAGGUGGGCAGGUCGGUAUGAAGGAUGGUCUUUCGCUCCACACCAUUUUUGUCCACGGCAGCCAUA